GCGGGCGGUGACAGCGCCUCGCGGUGCGGUGCCCGGCGCGGAGGCGGCGCUGUGGGCCGGCGGUGCCGGAGCGCUCCGCGGCGGAGCCCCGCGCCUCUUUCCGUCCAACCUGCGCGGGCCCCGGCGGGGCGAUGUAGGGGACAUGCCCUGACGGGACGACGAGCGAUCGGGGCGCCGCCUGCGAGGGCACAGCUGCGCCAGCGGAGCCGCCCGCGGCGGGUCGGCCGCGCCCGGCGAGGCCCCCGAGCGCCGCCGCUAUGGCUGGGGCCGGGCUCUGGGCGAGCAUCAAGUCCCUGCUAGGGAAGAGCGAGGACCCUCUGUUCCUGAACGACUCCAGUGCCUUUGACUUCUCGGACGAGGUGGGGGAUGAGGACUUCCCCAGGUUUAACAAGCUGCGCGUGGUGGUGGCGGACGACGGCUCGGAGGCGGCCCCGGAGACGCCGGUGAACGGGGCGUCCCCGGGGCUACCGUCCGACGAUGAGUCCCUGCUGGACCGGGACAUCGCCCUGCGCAGCGCCCGGGCCGGCCGGCCGGACCCCUGCAGCGGCUGCAGCAGCCGGCGGGAGCGCUCCAAGCAGAGGAAGGUGAAGAAGCGGCUGACGCUCGCUGCCCUCCUCUACCUCCUCUUCAUGACGGGGGAGCUCAUAGGUGGCUAUGUUGCUAACAGUCUAGCAAUUAUGACAGAUGCACUUCACAUGCUAACUGACCUUAGUGGUAUUAUUUUGACCCUCCUUGCUCUCUGGCUGUCUGCAAAAUCUCCAACAAAGAGGUUCACUUUUGGAUUUCAUCGCUUAGAAGUACUGUCAGCCAUCAUUAGUGUACUGCUGGUCUAUAUCCUUAUGGCAUUCCUGUUGUAUGAGGCUGUUCAGAGAACUAUCCAUAUGGACUAUGAAAUAAAUGGUGAUAUCAUGCUCAUCACAGCAGCCGUCGGUGUUGCUGUUAACUUAAUAAUGGGGUUUUUGCUGAAUCAAUCUGGCCACCUUCACUCCCACUCCCAUUCCCACCCUCACUCUCACGUACCUCAGCCGAGCUCUCCGAGCGCAGCGCAGGGCAGCAGCCACGGGCACUGCAGCCACGGGCACAGCAGCCACGGGCACAGCAGCCACGGGCACAGCAGCCACGGGCACAGCAGCCACGGGCACAGCAGCCUGGCCGUGAGAGCAGCGUUUGUGCACGCCCUGGGCGACCUGGUACAGAGCAUCGGGGUGCUCGUAGCUGCCUACAUCAUCCGAUUUAAGCCAGAAUACAAGAUUGCUGAUCCUAUAUGUACAUACGUAUUUUCCAUACUGGUGGUUUUUACAACAAUUCGAAUUCUGUGUGACACGGGAGUUAUUAUUCUGGAAGGAGUUCCAAGGCACUUAAAUGUGGAUCGCAUCAAGGAAGACUUGAUGAAAAUUGAGGAUGUUUAUUCUAUAGAAGAUUUAAAUGUUUGGUCUCUCACUGCAGGAAAAACAACUGCCAUAGUCCACUUGCAACUAGUUCCUGGUAGUUCAUCUAAAUGGGAGGAUGUUCAGUCCAAGGCCCGGCAGCUGCUGCUGAACACGUUUGGAAUGUACAAGUGCUCUAUCCAGCUUCAGAGUUACAAACAGGAGAUGAGCAAAACCUGCGCGAAUUGUCAGAGUUCCAGUGCCUAAUUUCAUAUCUUUUGGGAACUGCUGCCUUAUUCUUUACCUUGUGUAGUCAAAGACUGAGAGCAAUAAAUGCAAAAUGAAAAUUA